GGCACUGGCUUUACUGUUACCUCAGUCAUCAUCAUCAUCACUUUGUUGCUGCAUCACCAAUCACACUCAAUACUCAAAUCUGAGCAAGACGAGCAAAAAAGUUCCCACGAUGAACUUUCUGCAAUUCUUCGAACGCCCGCCAGCAACCGCGCCACCAGACGCAUCUUCACCGCACAGCAGCAUGAGCACUAGUCGUAGCGGCAGCCAUAGUAGCAGUGGCUCGAGUCAUAGCAGUACUCAUAGCAAUACUCACAGCCUGGGAUUGACCAGCAAUCCCAAAUCCGCCGAGCACAGGACAGGCUGGCUGACCAAGAUUGGCGGCAACAUCAAAACAUGGCGACGACGCUACAUGAUACUCAAUGUGCUUGACGGCAAGCUGUCGUACUUUCGGACGCCUGGGGACACUGCGCCGCUGGGCGUGAUUGACGUUCAGCACAGCCAAGCAGUGUACAUGGCGCCGUCCUGCGAGACGCACCGCGAGCACUGCAUUGCGAUUGCCACUGCCACUCGGACAUACCUGAUGUACGGCGACACGCUCAACGAGACGGAGGCCUGGCUGCACGACCUACGCGUGGUGGGAGGCCACCAUCAUCAUCAUCAACAGCAAUCUCCGACGGGUGCGUCACCGUCGACGACGGGCGCUGACGACGGCAGCAGCGAGCCAAGCGCAGUAUUGCAGACAACAGCAGCAGCUCCAUCCGCAAGACGGAGUGUGGUCGAGUCCGACCAGCUGGCGGAACUGGUCAAAGACGAUGCCGUGGCACCAGAUGGAGAUCAACGCCGAGACGCCGACCAGCCGGCAACCGUUAACCGCCAGCCAUCGCCGCGCAUUGCUUCGACUGGAUCAAGCGAGGCAACUUUGAGUGAUUUACCGCUCGGUUCCACGGCGCUGCACAGUCCUCGCUGGCCACAGCAAUCUCAGUUGACUUGCGAGGUCUGCUCCCAAAGAUUCAAGUUCGACGACGGAUCGACCUGCACGCACCAUCCUGGCUGGACACUCAGUGCUGUCUCUACCUGGGGCUUGUGCAGCUUGUGCAAAAUGCCGUGGACGCCCUCGGGCGGAUGCACGCAGUCACGCCACACCUUCACGCGAAGUCAACGAUCCGCCAGCGGCAGCUUGUUCAGCUCGCGCGCACAACGAUCCAACACGACGAUUGGACUGCCGGAUGCGAGCAACAGUGCUGCUCCUCUGCGCGACGUGUAUUCGAAAGAGCAGUGUUGUUUCGCGUUGCUGCGCAUGCUCAGCGCGGGAACGAGUCCCGUCACCAUCUCGCGCUGGGCCUACCGUGUUCUGAUCAUGUCGUUCGACUUGCUCGAAGACGGCGUGGAGCAGCCGCUUCUCCGACUCAUCUCCAUGGACGAAAGCAAUCCCCUCAGCUACGACUCUAUGCUCGCGCUGGCUCGUGAGCUCCAGUCGGCUGAAGUGCGGUGAAUUUUUUUUUGGAUUUUUUGGGCAUCAGAGCUAGUCUUUUCAGUUGCACUGCAAUGGUGCAUGUAAUUUCGUCGUGUCUCAGUAUUUAAUAACAAAUAAUCGUGUUGAAC